UACACUUUUCAUAUAGGGCUUUUCAUCGAUUGUCAUUUGUUUCGAGCUUCUGUCAUGUGUCACAUAAUAUUAAUAUAUCUACGCCAUACGUGUUUGGUUUGUAUCAUUGUUAUAUACCAAUAACGUAUGACGUAGAUAUAUUAAUAUUAUGUGUCACAUGACAGAAGCUCGAAACAAAUAACUGUGAAUGAAAAGCCCUAUUGUUAUCAAUUUGAUUUACCUAUUAUUGUGUACUGUGAAAAUUGUGGUACAUAGUUAUGUCACAGCAUAAUAAACGAAACGUUUGCGUUUUCUAUGCUGUGGUUAUGUGUUAUGUUUUAUGUUGUUUAGUUUUCACGUUUCAAUUCAAAUUCAAUUGUUCUGUUCCUGUCUUCCUCUCACUGGUUCUUGUUCAAGUUCAACUCAAAACUCAACUAAAAUUCGGUGAUCAUGAUAUGUUGUAGUUGUAUUGGAAACAUCGUCUACAGAAAACAUUAGGUUUGAAAAUCCCUCUCAAAAACUUGAAGGCUACACCCAAGCAGAAUUUUAAGAGAAUUAGACAAUAGAUAUAAGUACAGACACUGAUCGCUGAGGGGCAAGACAAAAGUGUUUCCUCCAGUGUUAACGAAGGACAUAACCCAUAAAAAGAAGAAAAUAUGGUGGGGUUAUUGUGACCUUGUUUCAUGUUAAUAUGGUUCUGAAUUGAAAAUAUAUUCCUAGUACACCACUUGUACACUUGGUUACUCUACUCUGGAGUAUAAACACAAUACUGAAACAGAUAAAAUCAUGUCUGAUCACAUAGGAGUAAAACAAGAAUUUAGUGAAGUGUGUAAAAAAGAAGAAGACGAUGAUGAGGUGGGUGAUGCACUACAGGAUACCUUUAAAAUCGAGAUCAAGGAGGAGCCUAAGAGGGAAAGUGCCAGUGAUACAUUUGAUUCUGCAGACCUUAACGAGUAUCCUAUAAAAACUGAAGAAGAACAAGAUGGUGUCUCUUGCGAAGACAUCCAAAAUGAUGCACGAAAACUAUUCAAGUAUACUGGAAAUAACUUGAACAAAAAUUUAACUGCUGCUACCAAUGUGAACACCAGAGAAAAAUAUUUUGAAUGUGAAAUAUGCUCCAAACAAUUAGCAACAAAGGGUUCUUUAACAAUACAUAAUAUGAGUGUGCAUACUGGUGAAAAACCGUUUAAUUGUGAAAUUUCCACCAAAACGUUUUCAUUGAAGCAAUGUUUAAAGUUCCAUAUGAGAACGCAUACUGGUGAAAAACCUUUCACAUGCAAAAUAUGCGCCAAAGAGUUUUCACUCGCACAAAGUUUAAAAUAUCAUAUACAAACGCAUACUGGUGAAAAAGUUUUAACUUGUGAAAUUUGCACCAAACAGUUUUCAACAAACACACAUUUAACUAGACAUAUGAGAGUGCAUACUGGUGAAAAACCAUUUGAAUGUGAAAUUUGUACCAAACAGUUUUCAAGAAACACACAUUUAACUAGACAUAUGAGAGUGCAUACUGGUGAAAAACCAUUUGAAUGUGAAAUUUGCACCAAACAGUAUGCAAGAAACACAGAUUUAACUGGACAUAUGAGAGUGCAUACUGGCGAAAAACCAUUUGAAUGUGAACUUUGUACCAAACAGUUUGCAAGAAACACACAUUUAACUAGACAUAAUAUGAUAGUACAUGCUGGUGAAAAACCGUUUAAAUGUGAAAUUUGCACCAAAACGUUUUCACUGAAGCAAGGUUUAAAGUUCCAUAUGAGUUUGCAUACCGGUAAAAAACCAUUUGAAUGUGUAAUUUGUACCAAACAGUUUUCAAGAAAAGAUAAUUUAAAAUCGCAUAUGACCGUUCAUACUGUUGAAAAACCAUUUGAAUGUGAAAUUAGCACCAAACAGUUUUCAACGAAACAAGUUUUAAAAGAUCAUAUGAGAGUGCAUACUGGUGAAAAACCAUUUGAAUGUGAAAUUUGCACCAAACAGUUUUCAACGAAACAAGUUUUAAAAGAUCAUAUGAGAGUGCAUACUGGUGAAAAACCAUUUGAAUGUGAAAUUUGCACCAAACAGUUUUCAACGAAACAAGUUUUAAAAGGGCAUAUGAGAGUGCAUACUGGUGAAAAACCAUUUGAAUGUGAAAUUUGUACCAAACAGUUUUCAAGAAACACACAUUUAACUAGACAUAUGAGAGUGCAUACUGGUGAAAAACCAUUUGAAUGUGAAAUUUGCACCAGACAGUAUGCAAGAAACACAGAUUUAACUGGACAUAUGAGAGUGCAUACUGGCGAAAAACCAUUUGAAUGUGAACUUUGUACCCAACAGUUUGCAAGAAACACUCAUUUAACUAGACAUAAUAUGAUAGUACAUGCUGGUGAAAAACCGUUUAAAUGUGAAAUUUGCACCAAAACGUUUUCACUGAAGCAAGGUUUAAAGUUCCAUAUGAGUGUGCAUACCGGAAAAAAACCAUUUGAAUGUGAAAUUUGUACCAAACAGUUUUCAAGAAAAGAUAAUUUAAAAUUGCAUAUGAUCGUUCAUACUGGUGAAAAACCAUUUGAAUGUGAAAUUUGCACCAAACAGUUUUCAACGAAACAAGUUUUAAAAGGGCAUAUGAAAGUGCAUACUGGUGAAAAACCAUUUGAAUGUGAAAUUUGCACCAAACAGUUUUCAAUGAAGGCUAAUUUAAGAGUACAUUUAAAGUUGCAUACCGGUGAAAAACCAUUUGAAUGUGAAAUUUGCACUAAACAAUUUUCAAGCAAAGAAGUUUUAAAACGGCAUAUGAGAGUGCAUACUGGUGAAAAACCCUUCUCGUGCAAAAUAUGCUCCAAACAGUUUUCAUACAGGACUAGCUUAACAGCACAUAUGAAAACACACUUGUGAUUAGGAUAAGGUCCGUAUCUCACUGGGACGCCAUGGCCACCAUGGAUUACCAAGAACGCUGCCCGUUUCCACCACAUUCGCUCUCGUUACAUAUACAUAGACAGAAAUGGACGUGGAAGAAAUCACACUGUUAUUUUUAACUUGCGACCUAAGUCACAAAAUA